AUGAAGUCUCUCCGAUUCAUUAGCGCCGAAGCGUUUGUGUCAAAUGCAGAGUUUGCCAGGAAGAAUCUCGGUGCCGUUGCCCAUGAUCUUUUUCCGCUUCUUUUUAAAGCCAGCUAUUUACUGGAGCAAGGGGAAGUGAUUCACGACUUGGUAGAGAACUGGCCACUUUUUGAUUUUAACAUGGGAAAACUUUUGGGAGCUACUAUGGACUACCAGGAAGACCUGAGCCAUAGAACAUGCUCAGUGUGCUUGGAAAGCUGUUUGACAGGGCUGAGAGACUAUGUGCUGAAUCAGUCUUCUCCCUACAUGAAAAAGUUGAAAGUGGUCGACCUGACGGGUAUAAAAGAUGUUGAAGUUCAGUUUUGUAAGUGCAAGAAGACAAUGGGCAGGUGGGCCAGGACACAGCUGCUCUCUAAGCUUUGUUCAGAACUGCUGGUUUACCUGCAGCAAGCACAGUGCAAUCCAGGUACCUUUGAAAUCAGUAUCAAUGUGCUAAUUGACUUGUUUGUUACAGAGAGGAACUAUGAGCUGGUCGUGCAGGCCCUGUUGAAGAAAUGCAGUUGUCCACUGAAAAUCUGCUGUGUGGCAUUCAGAUCUGACAACCUGACCUUGCAGAAAUUCUUCUAUAUCAUAAAGCUCACUGAUCCCUCCUUGUUGCGCAAACUGGAAAUUGUUCAUAAUGUUCACUUGGAAAUGGAACACUUGGAAAUGCUCUUCAACAGUAUCCACUUCCCUCUAUUGAUGUCCUUGACCUUGCCAGCACGAACAUUUAAUGUGAGGAGGUUCACAGCUACAGAUGAACAGAUGCUUGCUAACGUUGGAGAAAAGAUGGGUGAAAUGACGCAGCUCACUGAGCUGAGUAUGUCAUUUUCUAUACUCACUGGAAGAAUACAGAAACUUCUCAGCCCACUAAAAACUCCACUGAAGAUGCUGGAUGUUUCUAACUGCUCCUUGAACCAUGCUGAUAUGGCCUUUUUAGCCAAUAGCUUCCAUGCCAAUCACUUGGAAGCCCUGGACUUGAGUGGUCACGAUAUACCUGAGCUUUACCCAUCAACAUUCUUUAGGCUCCUCAGCCAUUGCUCUUCAGUGCUCAGGAGCCUUACCCUGGAGGACUGUAAUAUCCAGGACACUCAUGUCAACAUGUUGAUUUUAGGUUUAAGUCCUUGUCAGAAGCUACAGGAGUUUAAGUUUAUUGGAAACCCACUGUCAUCCCAAGCACUUAAACACCUUUUCACUUUUUUCUGUGAGCUGCCAAUGCUGAAAAAUGUGGAGUUCCCAGUUCCAAGGGAUUGCUACCCUGUUGGCAUCACAUAUCCCAUUGAUGAUUCCAGUCUUUGCAGAUUUGAUCACCAAAAAUAUGAAAGGGUAGCAGAGGAGCUUAACCUCAUUUUACUCCAAGCAAAUAGAGAGGAUGUGAAGGCUUCAACGCCUCUCUUUGGGAGUUAUGAUGCAGCUGUUCAGGAGACAAACAAUGAACUGGGAGCUUAUUUGAUCAAGUCCUUCAAGGAGACUUUAGAGAAGUUCACUACUUCAUUUAACAAAACGAGUUAAAAUUGUAAAAUUGUAAAGUAGUGAUGAGAUGAUCUGCCAAAUCAGAACUUAAUUUAGUCUUUUGUAGACCUGCACCUUCAAUCAUCAGUUGUGAAUUUUCUUCAGUUUUUUGGCUGAAUUUACUAUUGUUUGAAUAGCCUCUAAUUACCUGAGGUAUUGUAACUUAUGCUAUGACUAUUGCAUACACCUUACACAAGCACUACUUGAUCACAAAAGAGGAGAGGACACUUAAGAGCACAUUAUUUUAUACAAAUGCACUUUUUCUCAGUAAAUCAAAUAGGUGUUUAAGCUUGGCUGAUUCCUUAUACAGGUUCCCUUAGAUUUGUCAGCUGGUCUGGUAGCCCUGCAGAAAAAGCAGGGAAGUCCUUUCCCAAGUCCAGCUGGAUGUUCAAAAGACUGUGCACAUAUCCUCAUGUGUGGCUCCCUAAACUGAUUUUUUUUUCCUGCUCAUGACCUGAAUUCACCAAUCUGUGUUUUAUGGUAUAUUCCCAGUAAUGGAGGAUAUGUAUAUUCCCAAUAAUGCAAGAUGUGUAAUAGCCUCUAUAUCCCUGCGCCUCUUUCUUCUGCAGA